AACUAGAGAUAUUUGACAGAUCGUGGUCCACAGUUCCAGUUCAAAGAACUGUACCGGAUCCUCCGAAGCUGGCUACAUGAGCAUGAAGGAGGUGCUGGAGCGAGUUGCCAUGGAUCAUUUCAUCUGCCCUUGAAUGCACCUUAGUGACACUAGAGAUCCCCAAGGAUAUCCUCACCAACCAAGGUAAGCCCUUUGUAUCAUGUCUAAUGGUGGAUCUGUGUCGGUUUUUGCAGGAGAAGCACCUCAGGAUGUCAAUCUACCACCCGCAGGUGGACGGAUUGUUGGGGUGAUUCAAUGAGACGCUGAAGAGUAUGCUCAGAAAGGCGGUAUUUGAGGAAGGAUGAAACUGGACCUCCUCCUUCAUUAUGUGCUGUUAUGUGCUAUGGUAAGCCUGCGCUGACCAGCCAUCACCGGUGUUCACUGAGAUAUCCAGAAUCAGAAUUAGAAAGAUCUUUAUUGCCAGUCCACUAUUGUUCCUGUCCCGAAGAAACCCCAGCCCACCUGCCUCAACGAUUACAGCCCUGUAGCCCUGACCUCAGUAGUGAUGAAGUGCUUCGAAAGACUGGUCAGAGACUUCAUCACUGCAUCACAUCCAGACACACUGUAUCCACUACAGUUCGCUUACCGCCAGAAGGACCGAGGACGCCAUUGCUCAUCUUCUCCACACUACAAUGUGCCACCUGGACUGUGGAAAAGGGAAUUAUGCAAAAAUGCUGUUUGUGGACUACAGUUCACCGUUUAACACCAUGAUUCCCUCCACGCUCACUUCUAAUUUGGAGGUCCUGGGACUCAGCCUGCUGCUGUGUCAAUGGAUCUCCAACUUCCUGACAGACAGACUACAAGCUGUACGGGUGGGCCAUCAGACCUCAUCCACCCUCACCCACAGCAGUGGAGCUCCCCAGGGUUGUGUUCUGAGCCUCCUGCUGUACACAUAUGACUGUGUGGCCACUUCCAACUCCACCACCAUCAUGAAGUUUGCUGACAACACUGUUGUGGUGGGCCUGAUCUCCAACAAUGACGAGACGGCCUACCUACAGGAGACUAAAAACCUGGAGAGAUGGUGCCAGGAGAACAAUCUUCUUCUGAACGUCAGCAAGACCAAGGAGUUGAUAGUGGACUUCAGCACAAAGCAGGAGCGUUCAUACAAACUGUUAAAGAUCAACGGGACCCCAGUGGAGAGAGUGGACAGUUUCCGGUACCUAGGUGUUCACAUCACACAGGACCUGUCUUGGUCCUGUAACAUCAACACCCUGGUGAAGAAGGCCCGGCAGUGUCUGUACCAUCUGAGACGCUUAAGGGACUUCAAACUACCCUCUCAGGUGCUAAAGACUUUCUACACCUGCACCAUUGAGAGUGUCCUGACGGGUAGAAUCACUUCCUGGUUCGGGAACAGUACCAUGCAGGACAGGCGAGCCCUCCAGAGGGUGGGGCACUCAGCUGAACAUACCAUCCACACCGAGCUCCCUGACCUGCAGGACAUCUACAGCACACGGUGCUGGACCAUGGCCAGGAAGAUUGUAAAGGAUCUCAGCCAUCCCAACAAUGGACUCUUUUUUUUGUUGCAUUCAGGGAAAUGCUUCCGCUCCUUGAAAGCAAACACAGAGAGAAUGAGGAGAAGCUUCUUCCUGCCGGCCAUUCGGAGUUUAAACCAGGAAACACCCAGGAUCUAGUACUGGACCUCUCCCUCCAUCUUCACUGUCCUUCUGUACACCUUUUUGCACUAUGACACUUUAACUCCGGACUGUCACUAUAACUCUGGACUUGUACAGCACAGUGCCACUUUAUACACUCUAUACACACCAUACUGCACAUGGACACUAUAAGGACAAUAAUUAAAAACCAUACGCAUUUAUGUACAUUUAUGUAUAUUUAUAUAUAUGUAUAUACAUUA